CCCUCUUCUUCUCCCCGCACCAUCUCCAAAACCCUACCUGAAGAAUCAUAGCUUUUUCGGGACUUUCCAUCCCGCCGCCGAAAUGUUUAAAGCUUACCGGACCAGUUCAAUCGACUGGAAGCCGUCUCCAGUAGUAGCUCUAGCUACCAGCGCCGACGACUCUCAGGUUGCUGCCGCUCGUGAGGACGGUUCACUCGAGAUUUGGCUUGUCUCUCCCGGCUCCGUCGGCUGGCACCACCAACUAACUAUUCAUGGAAACCCUAAUUCGAGAGUUUCCUCGCUUGUGUGGUGUUGCACUGGUUCAAGAGGUUUGCCUUGUGGCAGGUUGUUCUCCUCUAGUAUUGAUGGGUCUGUGUCGGAGUGGGAUCUUUUUGACUUAAAGCAGAAGAUUGUACUGGAGUCCAUUGGUGUCUCAAUUUGGCAGAUAGCUGUGGCACCCAUUAAGCAUCAACUAACUGUUGCAGAGCCUGGAUCUCAACACCUUGGAAAUGGAUGCCUAAAUGAUAAAUUUAAUGAUAGUCAUGAUCAAGAAAGCAGUGAUAGUGAAGAUUCAGACUCAGAAGUUAUUCAUGAGAAUUUAGUUACUGAGGAUAGGCCUGUAGCUUUAGCUUGUGAUGAUGGAGCAGUUCGGAUAUAUAGUAUCUCUGACUUAUUUGAGUUGAUAUACUAUAAAUCAUUGCCUAGGGUCAGUGGGCGUAUUUUAAGUGUGACUUGGAGCCAUGAUGCUAGGAGGAUAUAUUCAGGGAGUAGCAAUGGGUUGAUAAGAUGUUGGGAUGCUAAUCUGUUUCAUGAGCUUUACAGAAGUACAGUUGGCCUUGGAGGUUUGGGUAGCGGCCCGGAACUUUGUGUAUGGUCAUUACUUUCCUUAAGGUGUGGAACUCUUGUCAGUGCAGACAGCAAUGGUAGUGUUCAGUUUUGGGAUGGAAAUAGUGGAACUCUUCUGCAGGCACAUUCUAAUCAUAAGGGUGAUGUGAAUGCUCUAGCAGCAGCUCCUAGUCAUAACAGAGUGUUCUCUGCUGGGGCUGACGGUCAGGUUGUUCUUUAUAAACUUUCUAGUGAGGCAAUUGAGUCCAGUGAUGAGAAAUCUUCUGAAAUGAUUAAGAAAUGGGUAUAUGUUGGUUAUGUAAGAGCACAUACGCAUGAUGUCAAGGCCUUGACUGUGGCAGUGCCAAUCAGCCAGGAAGCACCUUUGCUGGAUGGGAAGGUAAGAAAGGUUCAAGAUGGAAAGGGGAAUAAACGAAUUCGUCGCAAAGCUAAGCCAAUUGAUUUUAGUUACCAUAAAUGGGCUCAUUUAGGUGUUCCUAUGCUUAUCUCAGCUGGUGAUGAUACCAAGCUGUUCGCAUACUCUGUUAAGGAGUUUACUAAAUUCUCUCCGCAUGAUAUUUGCCCUGCACCUCAGAGAAUCCCCAUCCAACUAGUGAGGAGUGCCCAAGUCAAGCAAACUUCUUUGCUUCUGGUCCAGGCUUCUUAUUGGUUAGAUAUUCUUUGUGCUCGCAUUCCUGAUGCAGGCGCAACCACCUUUGCUGGCCAUGUUGCCACUGACUUGGUGGCUCGAGUUAAGAGUAAAGCAUUUCGGAAGAUCAUUUGCAGUGCAAUGUCUAAUUCAGGGCAGCUUUUUGCUUAUUCAGAUAAUGUAAGACUCAGCCUGUUUGAACUAAAUAGGCAAGGUGGGAAAAGUAUGUGGAAUGUGAAGAAAAAGCAACUUCCUCAGAAUCUUCCUUCUGCUCAUUGCAUGGUAUUUAGUUCUGAUAGCACACGGUUGAUGAUAGCAGGGGAUGAUAGAAGGAUAUAUUUUGUGGAUGUGUGUAGCUCCAAACUGCUGCAUACCUUCACACCUUGUCGUGAAGAGCAUGAUGAAGAUGAAUCACCAGAUGAGCCACCUAUAACAAAAAUGUUUACUAGUUCUGAUGGGCAGUGGCUAGCUGCUAUCAACUGCUUUGGAGAUGUAUAUGUAUUCAAUCUUGAGAUACAAAGGCAACACUGGUUUAUAUCAAGGUUGGAUGGUGCCUCUGUUACAGCUGGUGGCUUUCCUCCUUUCAAUAACAAUGUGCUUAUAAUCACAACAUCGUCAAACCAGGUAUAUGCGUUUGAUGUAGAGGCCAAACAGUUAGGAGAAUGGUCAAUGCAGAAUACUUUUACUCUUCCCAAGAGAUACCAAGAAUUUCCAGGCGAGGUCAUUGGGCUUUCUUUUCCCCCGCUUUCCUCUCCAUCAAAAUCAUCCUCCGUCCUUAUUUACAGUGCCAGAGCAAUGUGUUCAAUUGACUUUGGCAAGCCAGUGGACCAAGAUGAUGACAGCAACUUGGUGAAUGGUCAGGUUUCCAUGUUGCAGAAGUCACAGUGUUCUGCUAAUGGUAAAAGAAAACAUUCGUCGAUAGAUUGUCAAACAGAGGCCAAACACAUGGGCAGAAAGAAUUUUGAAUUUUUUGCUUUCAGAGAUCCUGUGUUAUUUAUCGGACACCUCUCAAAACACUCCAUCUUGAUUGUAGACAAACCAUGGAUGGAAGUGGUUAAAACUUUGGAGGCACAACCUCUUCACAGACAUAUAUUUGGGUCAUAGCUUUGCAUAGAAAGAGACAUUGUAUUGACAGAGUUUACGAGGAGGGAAUAUCCAAAUGGGUGCAAAUUUCUCCACAUUAUUUGGACGGUGUUCCAGUUAAUUUUUUUGUUUUUUUAUCCUUUGUUUUAGUGUUAGAGGGGUGGCCCAGCAGCAUACGGGUGGGAGAUCUGAGCAUGUUGUGUAAUGUAUCCUCAAAUUUUGUUUACGAGUAAAGUAGGUUAUUUUUU